GUUAGCCUGUCGUUCAGUAAUGAGGUCGUUGAACCCGGUGACAACAUUAAUGUUGACGUUACAGCAACCAAAGGAUCGCUUAUUUACCUCUUAGCAAUCGAUCAGAGUGUUUUACUUCUAAAAUCUGGCAACGACAUCACUCAACAAAAGGUCCUUAGAGAAUUGAAAACCUUUGAUAAAAUGGAUGAUGAGGAUACAGUUGAUGGUCCAAUAUUAUUUGAUUGGUACUUUCCAUACCCAACUUCAGGUACAACUGCUGAAGAUAUCUUUGAAAAUUCUGGGGUUGUGGUGUUGACAGAUGCUGAGAUACCUGGCCCUCCAGAGGUUUUACUUCAUGGCAUAUCUCACAUCAUUCGACCACUUGGCGUUAAUCCUGGUUUGGCAUUUGGAGUAAAUCCUGAAUUUAGUGUUGAUACACAUUCUUCCGUAGAAUUAUUAUCUAUAUCAACAUCCAUAGAAUUGGAGGAAAUAUCUUCAGUCACAGAUUCUCCUGUGCAACCCAGUAAAUUUUUCGAGAUGAGUAGGGGUUACCCCGGUGUAUUGGUCCAUUCAGCACCUGCUGUGGACAGACGAGAGCAGCUGUUUACCAGGUUGCUCAGACACAAAGAGACUCUUAAUGGAGAAGCAAUUUCUGGUAAAGAGAGGCAAAUAGAUGAUGGAACUGUUUCUGUCACUGCUAAAGUUCCAGAUACCAUCACAUCUUGGAUUGGAAGUGCUUUUGCUUUGUCCAGUGAUACAGGACUUGGAAUUGUGCCAACUACAUCAAUGGUGACAGUUUUCAAACCGUUCUUUGUUUCUUUAAACCUACCCUACUCAGUGAUUCGAGGAGAAAACCUAGUUCUUGAGGUUUUGGUCUUUAACUACCAAACCACAGAUAUUGCUGCUGAAAUUAUUCUUCACAAAUCAACAGAUUUUGAUAAUAUUGAAUUCCAAACAAGUAACAGCUUUGCAGACAAUAUCAAUGAAGUUUAUGUUAGCAAGGACCAGCUUGUAAAAACAGUUAUUCCUGCUGGAGAUGGUGUGUCUGUCUCUUUUCCCAUAAUUCCCAAGAAAUUAAAAUUGAUGGACAUUGUUGUGUCGGCACAGUCGUCAACUGCCAGAGAUGUUAUUAUAAAACAACUUCUGGUUGAGCCUGAGGGUGUUAUGAAUUCUUACACUGAUCCAGAUCUCAUCAAUUUAUCAGGCGACAUUUUUAAAAAAUCGUUCCCAAUUGAACUUCCUCCUGCGGGUCUUGUUGAGGGCUCUGUUCGUGUAGUACUCUCAGCAACAGGUGACAUAAUGGGUCCAACCAUGAGCGGAUUAGAUGAGCUUUUGCGUGUGCCCUCGGGUUGUGGGGAGCAGAACAUGAUAGGCUUUGCUCCAGAUGUCUUCAUCUAUGAUUACCUUGAGAACACAAACCAGAAUAACCUUGAGAUAAAGGAAAAGGCUCUCCGCUUUAUGAACAUUGGCUACCAGAAAGAGCUCACUUACCAGCACAAGGAUGGCUCUUUCAGUGCCUUCGGUGACCAUGAUCCUUCUGGCAGUACCUGGUUGACAGCUUUUGUGGUCAAAUCGUUUGUCCAGGCUCAAGAGUACAUUUUCAUUGAUUACAAACUGGUGGAGAAGGCUGUUAAUUGGAUACUGAUGCAGCAGAAUGAAGAUGGAUCAUUCCGGGAACCAGGAAAAGUCUGUCACAGAGAUAUGCAGGGAGGUUUAUCUGGACCAAUUACCCUUACAGCGUAUGUGUUGGUGGCCUUACAAGAAGCUAAGCAUGGGAAUGGUUUCUCUCAGACUACCUUGAACUUACUCAGCGUUUCAGUUAACAGUGCUGCAUCCUACAUUAACUCUGAGUUUUCCAACUUCAACUCUGACCCAUAUGUUUUGGCUAUCACAACCUAUGCCCUUACAUUAAGCAAACAUCCAAAUAAAGAUGAGUUCCUUGCUGCAUUAGAAGAGCUGGCAGUCGUUGAAGAUGGUAUGAAACAUUGGAGCCGUCAAGAGGUAACUGUAGAUGAUAACCAAAAGUCGGGUUGGUUUCGACCAUAUGGUAAACCGCCCUCUUCGGAUAUUGAAAUGACAGCCUACGGACUUCUUGUUUAUCUGGCUCAUAACGAUGUCUUCGCAGGAUCAUCUAUUUCAAAAUGGUUGACUAAACAACGAAGCGAACUUGGUGGAUAUUCUUCGACACAGGAUACUGUUGUUGCUCUGCAAGCUCUAUCGUCCUAUGCUAGUGAAAUAAACUUGAGCAGAGGGGGAAUUACAAUAGCAGUAACAGCAACAGAAGAUCCCUCAUAUGAGCAGACUAUAACUAUCAACAGUGACAAUGCUCUUGUAUUCCAAAAAUUGGAGGUUCCUGUGACAACUGGCUCAGUUAGUGUAUCAGUAUCUGGCAGUGGUUCCGUUCUGGUCCAGUUCACGGUUUCCUACAAUGUGGAAGAGGUUGUCCAGGUGCCGGCAUUUGAUGUUAAUUUAACAGUGACCAACGAUGAUUUGAAUAGCAUACAGGUUGAAUGUUGUGGACAGUAUUUGAGGCAGGAGGAAAGUGGAAUGUCAAUCAUGGAAGUUGGUAUUCCAUCAGGAUUUGAUGUGAACGAGGAUAAAUUGAAAGAGGAGCUCUUAAUUGUUGGUCCUCUGCAACAGUACGAGUUGCAAGCAAGACAUGUCAACCUUUAUCUGGACCAGAUUGCAUACAAUCAAAGCACUUGUGCACGUAUCACUGCCUUCAGAUCAAAUAUUGUGUCUAACAUCAAGCCCAGCCCUGUGAAAGUGUAUAACUAUUAUCAACCAGAUGAACAGAUGACCAAGUUUUAUGUUUCUGAAACUUUGUUGAAUGCCGAUAUCAGAGAAUUGUGCAGUAACUGUGGAGAAGUAAUCACCCUGAAUAUUAGUGGAGGAGAAACCACCGGAAAGCCUUCUUCUGGUGUGCUUCAUUCAAGCCUAAAUCCUCUCCUUAACAUAAUUUCACUCGUUCUGAGCUGUUUUCUUACUGGGUUCAUGAUGAGAGUUAACCAUCACUUCUGAAUUAUUGAAAACAAUGUAACUCCCAAAGUUUUAUUAGAGAUAAUUGGGAAAAAAAAUGCCUUACUUGCUUUAUAAUAAUAGUCUCCAUGGCCCUUCUCUGUUUAUUUUUCUUUCUCAUAAUAAUAUUAAAUAAAGUUAGAAUAAUAUUAAUAAUGACAAUAGCAUUUUUCGUAUGCCUAUCUCAUUCUUGAAUUCUUUAUUCCUCAUUAUUACGUUCUUAGUCGGUGUGAUUAACACCUCUCUCCAUCAGGUAUCGCGUUAGAGGAUUAUUAUUUGAUUUAUUCAAUAUCUGAACCUUAUACAAAUGUAAAUACAAAACACGUCUAAAAACCUAACGGGGAUAUUUGAAUUACCCUCUAAGUCCCUAUUAAGACAGGUCCCUCGUUUAACAAUCACAUCUCCCAUCUAUAACCCUUCUUCUCUGCUUUAAUUUUUCCUCAUAAUAAUAAGCCUAUAAUAGUAUGACAAUAGAAUUUUUGAAUAUAUACGCAUAUAUUAUAUAUAGUAAUGGUAAAUGUUUAAUCUUGAUGGGUGGUGGCGAUAUCUAUUGUUUUAUAAAAUGUUAAUCUAUUGUUUAUAGUAUAUAUUUAAUCUCAAUUAAAAGAAAUAAUAUUUCUAUACUUGUAUUUUUGCACUGAAUUUUAGAAAAUACUAUGAAUAGUUUUUUUUUCUGUAUAUAGAAUUUUUUUUAAUUGUUUUUAUAAUGACAUAAUCUUAUGAUAUGCCUUGGUACCUGUAUAUAUAAUAAAUGUAUUUGUUAUUUUUCAUACCAGUUAUAUGCAGUACAAUAUCGUAUCUUGAUGUUAAUAAUUUCCAGAGAGCAUGGAACACAGAUGUCACAGAAUUGCAGAGUUGACAUUUUGUAGUAUGGUGGCGCCAGCAGGGGCAGGGAGGGAAUUUUUCCCUUUAUCUUACAGCCUGGACCCCUCAUCAUUCGCCUCAACGAGGACGUCGAACCAAAAGUAUUUAUUUGACUAUACAAAAUGUUAUUUUGAUUGCCAGUCUCUAAUGUUGUGGUCUGAAAGACAAUUUGUGCCAUACCAAACCAUAAGCCCCCUCCCCCGUGAACCCUACCAGGAUUUUUUUGUUCCGGGACCCUGAUCGAGGCUCUAGUCCACCCCUUGACUUGGACCCCACUGUCGGACAUGUCAGACCCCUUGUCGGCAAAUUUCUGGAGCCACCACUAGUAUUAUAUAGUUGAAAGUGUAGAAUGUAUAAGUAUGCAUUGGUAGUAUGGGUUUACUCGAAUAAAUCGUUUAUAUUAGAAAUUUUA